UUAUAUAAAAAAAAGAAACUAGCAGUUUAAAGAUUUGAUUUUUUUUUUCUUCUGUUUCAUUGUUAUAUGGUCCUUUUUUAAGUUUGAUUUUAUUUCCCAUUCUUGGAAAGCUUGAACCAAAAUCCAAGACGUGUUGAGCUGUUACCCUUAUAAAUAUUCUCUCUCUCUCUCUAAACUCUUAAACAUACCCACCUUCCCCUGCAAGCUGUAAUUGAGUGAUAUAAGCUGCUCUGUGAAUCCAAGAAUUGGGAAUGGAGUCCCAAUAGUGUUGGGAUUUCUGGGUAUUGCCCACUGUAUUGAUCUUUGAGCUGAAAGAUUGAAUCUUUGAUAAUGGCCCCCUCCUUUGGUUGGUGGGCUAAGAAGCAAAGCCACAGAGGAACCCCUGUGGUGGUGAAGAUGGAGAAUCCGAACAACUGGUCAAUGGUGGAGUUGGAAUCUCCGUCGGAGGAAGAUUUCCUCCCCUCGCCGCCGACAAAUCACCGCCGGGACAAGGUACGGAACAAAAACGCCAAGCAGCUAACCUGGGUUCUCCUCCUCAAGGCCCACAAGGCUGCCGGCUGCCUGACCUCCAUUGCCACCGCAUUACUCGGCCUCGCCUCCGCCGUACGCCGCCGCGUUUCUUCCGGGAGAACCGACUCCGCCGACACCAGCGCGGCGGAGAACCCGGAAGUCCACACCCGGUUCUAUAUCUGCUUAAAGGUGUUUCUUUUUCUCUCUUUAGCCAUGUUAGGGGUUGAGAUUGCUGCGUAUUACAAAGGGUGGCACUUGACCGCCGCAGAUCUUCAGUUACACUACCUUUACACUUUGACUGAUCCUUUGGCUGUUAAGGGCGCGUUUGAUUGGCUAUAUUCCAAGUGGGUUUUUGUUAGGGUGGAAUAUAUUGCUCCUCCUCUUCAAUUCAUGGCCAAUGUCUGCAUAAUUCUCUUCAUCAUCCAAAGUCUAGACCGGCUUGUACUCUGUUUGGGAUGUUUCUGGAUCUGGUUAAGGAAGCUUAAACCUGUUGCCAAACAAGGCAUAACAGAUCUGGAAUCUGGGUACUUCCCCAUGGUUCUUGUUCAGAUCCCCAUGUGCAACGAAAGAGAGGUUUAUCAGCAAUCUAUAGCUGCUGUUUGUAACCUAGAUUGGCCGAAAACAAAAAUCUUGAUUCAAGUUCUUGAUGAUUCAGAUGAUCCAAUCACCCAGUCUUUGAUCAAAGAGGAGGUUCAUAAGUGGCAGAAGGAAGGUGCAAACAUUUUGUACAGGCAUAGAGUGAUUAGGGAGGGAUAUAAAGCCGGUAAUCUCAAGUCCGCCAUGAAUUGCAGCUAUGUUAGGGACUACGAAUUCGUUGCCAUUUUCGAUGCCGAUUUCCAACCUAUGCCCGAUUUCCUCAAACAAACAGUCCCUUAUUUCAAGGGCAAUGAGAAACUAGGAUUGGUCCAGGCGAGAUGGUCGUUUGUGAACAAGGAUGAAAACCUGCUAACCAGAUUGCAGCUGAUUAACUUAGCAUUCCAUUUUGAAGUGGAGCAGCAAGUGAAUGGGAUUUUCUUGAAGUUCUUUGGGUUCAAUGGGACCGCCGGAGUGUGGAGGAUAAAGACUUUGGAGGAGUCCGGCGGUUGGUUGGAACGCACAACCGUCGAGGACAUGGACAUUGCCGUCCGCGCUCACUUACACGGUUGGGAAUUCAUCUUCCUCAACGAUGUCGAGUGCCAAUGUGAGUUGCCCGAGUCAUACGAAGCAUACAGGAAGCAACAACACCGGUGGCAUUCUGGACCAAUGCAACUCUUCCGCCUUUGUCUCCCCGACAUUAUCAGAGCAAAGAUAAGCAUAUGGAAGAAGUUCAACUUGAUAUUCCUAUUCUUCCUACUAAGGAAGCUGAUCCUCCCGUUCUACUCGUUCACGCUCUUCUGCAUCAUCCUCCCCAUGACAAUGUUCAUCCCCGAGGCCACCCUCCCGGCGUGGAUCGUGUGCUACAUACCGGCCACCGUCUCGUUCCUCAACAUCCUCCCCUCCCCCAAGUCCUUCCCCUUCAUCAUCCCCUACCUCCUCUUCGAGAACACAAUGUCCGUCACGAAGUUCAACGCGAUGGUCUCGGGGCUCUUCCAGCUCGGGAGCGCGUACGAGUGGGUCGUGACGAAGAAGCUCGGCCGCUCCUCGGAGACCGACCUCCCGUCGCUGGCAGCCGAAGAGAGGCCCAAGUGCAGCCUGAGGGGCGGCACUUCGGCCCCGGACUUGGCCGAGCUGCGGGAGGAGGGGGAGGGGCAAAAGAGGAAGAAACACAACCGGAUAUACACCAAGGAACUGGCCCUCGCUUUCCUCCUCCUGACGGCUUCGGUUCGGAGCCUCCUUUCGGCUCAGGGCAUACAUUUCUACUUCUUGCUGUUCCAGGGGAUCUCCUUCCUCCUGGUGGGGCUCGACUUGAUAGGCGAGCAGGUCAAGUGAAGAUUGAGGGAAUGACGAAAGUACCCCUGACGGUGGGGAAACGAACGAGGCGGCUGGGCGGGGCCGCGGCGGCGGCGGGAGGGCUUGAAUGAGGGAGGGGAAAGAGGAGAGUGGAGUUGAAAGAGAGAUGGUCAAAGAAAUGGUAAAUAUUUGU